AUGCAGCAGAGAAAAUUAGCAUCUGGGAGACCUUCUGGGACAGAUGACACUGAUUUUUCCUAUCGGAUGGUCGUUGAUUCACGGUAUGAGAAGGUAGCUUCAGGGAAGUCUCGUCACUAUUCUCAUAUUUUACUGCAGGCUGUGAUUCAAUUAAUUGGAACUGUAUGCACAGUUCUGUCAAUCUCAAAGGAGGAUCCUGAUAGAAUUGCUAUUUUAGCUAUUGCUGUUGGGUUUGUUUCUCUGAUACUAGGGGAAUUAGGUCGAAGACGUAAUCAAGUGGGUUUGUUAAAAAUCUACAUGUUUGGAUCUUCUACCGCGAUACUUCUCUGGCUUGCUUGUCUUUCUAAGAGCAAUUUUAUGUUAGAGUUUAUCCGAGAUCCAAGUAAAUGGGAAACAAAGAAGUUGGGACUUCUGGAGACUGCUCUUAUUCUGUUUGGUGAGUUCUAAUCUUUAAUGUUGAUUAUAUAAUCAUAACUAAUGGUUACUUUACAUCUGAACUGCAACUUUAAUCUCCUCUGUUGAACUUUCCCAGGGUUUCUGGUACAAGUAUUUACA